AUGCUUGUACAGCAUGUGAUUCCUGCUUUGGAAGACAUGCUUGUACAGCAUGUGAUUUCUGCUUUGGAAGACAUGCUUGUACAGCAUGUGAUUCCUACUUUGGAAGACAUGCUUGUACAGCAUGUGAUUUCUGCUUUGGAAGACUUGCUUGUGCAGCAUGUGAUUCCUGCUUUGGAAGACAUGCUUGUACAGCACGUGGUUUCUGCUUUGGAAGACAUGCUUGUACAGCAUGUGAUUCCUGCUUUGGAAGACAUGCUUGUAGAGCAUGUGAUUUCUGCUUUGGAAGACAUGCUUGUACAGCAUGUGAUUUCUGCUUUGGAAGACAUUGUUGUACAGCAUGUGAUUCCUGCUUUGGAAGACAUGCUUGUACAGCAUGUGAUUCCUGCUUUGGAAGACAUGCUUGUGCAGCAUGUGAUUCCUGCUUUGGAAGACAUGCUUGUGCAGCAAGUGAUUCCUGCUUUGGAAGACAUUGUUGUACAGCAUGUGAUUCCUGCUUUGGAAGACAUGCUUGUACAGCAUGUGAUUCCUGCUUUGAAAGACAUGCUUGUGCAGCAAGUGAUUCCUGCUUUGGAAGACAUUGUUGUACAGCAUGUGAUUCCUGCUUUGGAAGACAUGCUUGUACAGCAUGUGAUUCCUGCUUUGGAAGACAUGCUUGUGCAGCAUGUGAUUCCUGCUUUGGAAGACAUGCUUGUGCAGCAUGUGAUUCCUGCUUUGGAAGGCAUGCUUGUACAGCAUGUGAUUUCUGCUUUGGAAGACAUGCUUGUGCAGCAAGUGAUUCCUGCUUUGGAAGACAUUGUUGUACAGCAUGUGAUUCCUGUUUUGGAAGACAUGCUUGUACAGCAUGUGAUUCCUGCUUUGGAAGACAUGCUUGUGCAGCAUGUGAUUCCUGCUUUGGAAGGCAUGCUUGUACAGCAUGUGAUUCCUGCUUUGGAAGACAUGCUUGUGCAGCAUGUGAUUCCUGCUUUGGAAGACAUGCUUGUGCAGCAUGUGAUUCCUGCUUUGGAAGGCAUGCUUGUACAGCAUGUGACUCCUGCUUUGGAAGACAUGCUUGUACAACAUGUGAUUUCUGCUUUGGAAGACUUGCUUGUGCAGCAUGUGAUUCCUGCUUUGGAAGACAUGCUUGUACAGCACGUGGUUUUUGCUUUGGAAGACAUGCUUGUACAGCAUGUGAUUCCUGCUUUGGAAGACAUGCUUGUAGAGCACGUGAUUUCUGCUUUGGAAGACAUGCUUGUACAGCAUGUGAUUCCUACUUUGGAAGACAUGCUUGUACAGCAUGUGAUUUCUGCUUUGGAAGACAUGCUUGUGCAGCAAGUGAUUCCUGCUUUGGAAGACAUUGUUGUACAGCAUGUGAUUCCUGCUUUGGAAGACAUGCUUGUACAGCAUGUGAUUCCUGCUUUGGAAGACAUGCUUGUGCAGCAUGUGAUUCCUGCUUUGGAAGACAUGCUUGUACAGCAUGCAGUUUCUGCUUUGGAAGACAUGCUUGUACAGCAUGUGGCUUCUGCUUUGGAAGACAUGCUUGUACAGCAUGUGGUUUUUGGUUUGGAAGACAUGCUUGUACAUCAUGUGAUUUUUGCUUUGGAAGACAUGCUUGUACAGCACGUGAUUCCUGCUUUGGAAGACAUGCUUGUACAGCAUGUGAUUUCUGCUUUGGAACACAUGCUUGUACAGCAUGUGAUUCCUGCUUUGGAAGACAUGCUUGUACAGCAUGCAGUUUCUGCUUUGGAAGACAUGCUUGUACAGCAUGUGGUUUCUGCUUUGGAAGACAUGCUUGUACAGCAUGUGGUUUCUGCUUUGGAAGACAUGCUCGUACAGCAUGUGGUUUCUGCUUUGGAACACAUGCUUGUACAGCAUGUGAUUCCUGCUUUGGAAGACAUGCUUGUACAGCAUGUGAUUCCUGCUUUGGGUGACAUGCUUCUACAGCAUGUGAUUUCUGCUUUGGAAGACAUGCUUGUACAGCAUGUGAUUCCUGCUUUGGAAGGCAUGCUUGUACAGCAUGUGAUUCCUGCUUUGGAAGACAUGCUUGUACAGCACGUGAUUUCUGCUUUGGAACACAUGCUUGUACAGUAUGUGGUUUCUGCUUUGGAAGACACGCUUUUACAGCAUGUGGUUUCUGCUUUGGAAGACAUGCUUGUACAGGAUGUGGCUUCUGCUUUGGAAGACAUGCUUGUACAGCAUGUGGUUUUUGGUUUGGAAGACAUGCUUGUACAUCAUGUGAUUUUUGCUUUGGAAGACAUGCUUGUACAGCACGAGAUUCCUGCUUUGGAAGACAUGCUUGUACAGCAUGUGAUUUCUGCUUUGGAACACAUGCUUGUACAGCAUGUGAUUCCUGCUUUGGAAGACAUGCUUGUACAGCAUGCAGUUUCUGCUUUGGAAGACAUGCUUGUACAGCAUGUGGUUUCUGCUUUGGAAGACAUGCUUGUACAGCAUGUGGUUUCUGCUUUGGAAGUCAUGCUCGUACAGCAUGUGGUUUCUGCUUUGGAACACAUGCUUGUACAGCAUGUGAUUCCUGCUUUGGAAGACAUGCUUGUACAGCAUGUGAUUCCUGCUUUGGGUGACAUGCUUCUACAGCAUGUGAUUUCUGCUUUGGAAGACAUGCUUGUGCAGCAUGUGAUUCCUGCUUUGGAAGGCAUGCUUGUACAGCAUGUGAUUCCUGCUUUGGAAGACAUGCUUGUACAGCACGUGAUUUCUGCUUUGGAACACAUGCUUGUACAGUAUGUGGUUUCUGCUUUGGAAGACAUGCUUGUACAGCAUGUGGUUUCUGCUUUGGAAGACAUGCUCAUACAGCAAGUGGUUUCUGCUUUGGAACACAUGCUUGUACAGCAUGUGAUUCCUGCUUUGGAAGAAAUGCUUGUACAGCAUGUGAUUCCUGCUUUGGAAGACAUGCUUCUACAGCAUGUGAUUUCUGCUUUGGAAGACAUGCUUGUGCAGCAUGUGAUUCCUGCUUUGGAAGGCAUGCUUGUACAGCAUGUGAUUCCUGCUUUGGAAGACAUGCUUGUACAGCACGUGAUUUCUGCUUUGGAACACAUGCUUGUACAGUAUGUGGUUUCUGCUUUGGAAGACAUGCUUUUACAGCAUGUGGUUUCUGCUUUGGAAGACAUGCUUGUACAGGAUGUGGCUUCUGCUUUGGAAGACAUGCUUGUACAGCAUGUGGUUUUUGGUUUGGAAGACAUGCUUGUACAUCAUGUGAUUUUUGCUUUGGAAGACAUGCUUGUACAGCACGUGAUUCCUGCUUUGGAAGACAUGCUCGUACAGCUUGUGAUUCCUGCUUUGGAAGACAUGCUUGUAUAG